GUGUCGGCUUCCAAGUUGGAAAGACCCAAGGAAGAGAAGGGUGUCCACGUCGCACAGAGGAACGGCUUCCGCCCGUUUUACCUCGCGCGGGCAGGCGCCUUUCCAAAGCCUUUCGGGAAAGUUGCUGUGGUGACGUCCCCGGGCCAGGAAAGGAGAGAGCGGGAGAGCGAGUGCACAUUCAUAAGAUUCUAUUAUCAGAUUUCAUGGUAUAAAGCGUGGGACAUCACCUAAGCACUCACCUGCUACCCAAGAGGCCAUGUUUUGGAAGAUGCAUCUGCUCUAUGCGGUCCUUGUUUGGCUGUCUCUUAGCUAUGGUUUUGAUCCUAAGUGUCCUGGAAGAUGUAGCUGUGAUUCCAUGCAGUCGGUACAGUGUUACAGGCUAACUGAGGUACCAUCAGGUAUUCCUUCUACCACCAAGAAGCUCUACAUCAGCCACAGCAGAAUUCAACGCCUUCAGCUAUGUAAUUUCACCCGAAUGUUGGCUCUAGAAGAUUUUAUUCUGUUGGCCAGUGGAACAGAGUCAGUAGAAAAUGAUACCUUCAAAACUCUGAGUACCUUGAAGACCUUGGAACUCUGGAAAAAUAAGUUAAGACGAGUCCCCAGUGCUCUCCCAGCCAGUCUUGAAGUGCUAAAACUAAAUGAUAAUUCAAUAUAUGUCCUACAGGGAUCUGAUUUUGAAGGACUAAAGAAAUUAAAAAUCCUUGAACUUAAAAACAAUCUGAUCUCUUCUCUCUCUUCCCGCACGCUCUCCUCCCUUGUCAGUUUGGAAAAUUUGAUGUUGGAUGGCAACAGUAUUGAGUCUGUAGCUGGACAGCUGGUACUUCCCCAUCUGAAACAUAUGAGCAUGGAGAAUAAUAAAAUACAUCUUAUACCAGCUAAUUUCUUUACAUCUCUUCAGUCUUUGCAAUUUCUCAGUUUCAGUGGUAACUUUCUGACUAAAAUGCCUGUAAAUAUGCCCAAAUCCUUGUUCUCUUUAAAAAUGGAGAGAAACCAACUCAAAGUAGUAAGGUUUCGAGAUAUGAAACACUUGGAGAAUCUUUCCCAUCUUUACCUGUCAGAAAACUCUCUCUCUUCCAUUGAUGGGGCACAGCUCCUUGCCAAUUUAACUACUCUUGAGCUGUCCCAAAACCAGCUUCAGAUGUUGCCCCUCAGACUACCAGCAAGGCUACAAAAACUUGAUAUUAGCAAUAAUCUGAUUCAGAGAGUUACAGCACAAGACUUCCAGGACCUCCAAGACUUGAAACAUUUGUUUCUGGACAACAACAUCGUCAGCCUGUUCGAAGCUGGAGCCCUACAGAGGUGUUCCCAGCUCUCCAACCUGGCACUGGAACAAAACCUGCUGUUGUCUAUACCUCUAAGGUAA